CGCACCUAAAUACAGGAACCGCUGUUGAUUCUGUUUCCUCCCCCUCUCUCGUGUAAGAAUGGCCGCACGCAAAGAAUCGACGACCGCAGCUGCGGUGUUAUCGUCCAAUACACUGGACUCACCGGUGAAGACGAUCCAAAUUGAGGGACUUGUGGUGAUGAAGAUCAUAAAGCACUACCAGGAGGAGGGCCAGGGUAGCGAGGUGGUGCAGGGCGUGCUCCUGGGCCUGGUGGUGGAGGACCGGCUGGAGAUCACCAACUGCUUCCCCUUCCCACAGCACACUGAGGACGAUGCCGACUUCGACGAAGUUCAGUAUCAGAUGGAGAUGAUGCGCAGCCUCCGCCAUGUGAACAUCGACCAUCUGCACGUGGGCUGGUACCAGUCUACGUACUACGGCUCCUUUGUCAGCCGAGCCCUGCUGGACUCGCAGUUCAGCUACCAGCACGCCAUCGAGGAAUCUGUUGUGCUCAUCUACGAUCCCAUCAAAACAGCCCAAGGCUCCUUGUCUCUGAAGGCCUACAGACUCACCCCUAAACUCAUGGAGAUCUGCAAGGAAAAGGACUUCACCCCAGAAGGGCUGAAGAAGGCCAAUGUGGGCUACGAGCACAUGUUUGAGGAGGUGCCCAUCGUCAUCAAGAACUCUCACCUGAUCAACGUCCUGCUGUGGGAGCUGGAGGACAAGUCUCAGGUGGCAGACAAGCACGAGCUCCUCAACCUGUCCAGCAGCAACCACCUGGAGAAGAGCCUGCAGCUUCUGAUGGACCGAGUGGACGACCUGAGCCAGGACAUUGUCAAGUACAACACCUACAGCCGCAACCUGAGCAAGCAGCAGCAGCAGAAGCACCAGUAUGUGCAGAGGCGGCAGCAGGAGAAUGCCCAGAGGCAGACUCGCGGGGAGCCUCCAUUGCCGGAGGAGGACAUCACCAAGUUGUUCAAGCCCCCACAGGCCCCUCCACGCAUGGACACCCUCCUGAUUGCAGGACAAAUCAACAACUAUUGCGGGAAUGUGAAGGAGUUUACCUCUCAGAAUCUCGGCAAGCUUUUCAUGGCUGAGGCACUCCAAGGCCACAACAGCUAGAGCGCUGCUGAAAGGAAGCCGGCGCGGCGCGGCGCAACAGGAUUUGCUAUUGAAACGACAGCGCACCCAUGUGACCAACCCACACACACAGGCCUGCCUUUUUAUGUUCCACGUGAUAAUUUGACGACAUCGGGGGGGAAGAAAUGGUCCGGGAUAAACAACCCUGUAUAGGUCAUUUUGAAUAAAAUACAGUACAUUUAAAAGAAAA